GCAACCCUUUUUCUGCUCAUUUGUUUCUGUUGGUGCACAAGGGGUUAUUUGUUGGGUUUCUCACUCUCACACUGGAGAGGGAGAGGGAGAAAGAAGGGGUGGAGCUCAGAGUUGUUGUGUAACUAGAUAUGAGACCAGCAAUAUAAGCUGACAGCUGAAAGAAAUCACAGAUUAAGCCAGCUGCUGACAAUGGCUGCCCCAAAGACUCUCUUAGUGUUGGAGAACUUCAUAAAUGGUAAAUUUGUCCCUUGUUCCUCCUACAUAGACUCCUAUGAUCCAUCCACAGGAGACGUGUAUUGCAGAGUACCAGACAGUGGCAAAGAAGAGGUAGAAAUUGCAGUCACAGCUGCCAGAGAUGCCUUUCUAAGCUGGUCCUCCAAAAGCCUUCAGGAAAGAUCUCAGAUAAUGAACAAGUUAGCAGACCUGAUAGAGCAUGACCUGGAGGCAUUUGCACAAGCAGAAUCAAAAGAUCAAGGAAAAACAAUUACGUUCGCUAGAACAGUGGACAUCCCACGGGCAGCAUACAACUUCCGGUUCUUUGCAUCUUCUAUCCUUCACCAUACCACAGAAUGUACUCAGAUGGACUACAUGGACUGUAUGCAUUACACCGUGAGAACUCCAGUAGGCAUUGCUGGUUUAAUAAGUCCUUGGAAUUUGCCACUUCACUUGCUGACCUGGAAAAUAGCCCCAGCCAUUGCAUCUGGAAACACUGUCAUCGCCAAGCCCAGUGAGAUGACAUCUGUCACUGCUUGGAUGAUGUGCAAACUUCUGGGUAGAGCAGGAAUCCCACCGGGAGUGGUGAACAUUGUGUUUGGAACUGGCCCCAAAGCUGGGGAGGCUAUUGUCUCCCAUCCUGAGGUGCCACUGAUCUCCUUCACUGGAAGCACACUCACGGCCCAGCACAUCAAGGAGAGGAGUGCCCCACACUGGAAAAAGCUUUCUCUCGAACUGGGAGGCAAGAACCCUGCAAUCAUCUUUGAGGAUGCUAAUCUGGACCAAUGCAUCCCUACCACUGUGAGAUCCAGCUUUGCAAAUCAGGGUGAAAUCUGUCUUUGCACCAGCAGGAUCUUUGUUCAGAGGAGCAUUUAUAAUGAGUUUUUGAAGAGGUUUGUAGAAGAAACCAGAAAGUGGAAGGUUGGAAGCCCCUCAGAUCCCACAGUCAGUAUGGGGGCAAUGAUAAGUAAAGAGCAUUUAGAAAAGGUAAAGAAUUAUGUGAAGAAGGCUCGAGCUGAAGGGGCUAGAAUUCUCUGCGGAGAAGGAGUGGAUUCUUUGGCUCUUCCAACUGGAAAUCAGAAUGGCUAUUUCAUGCUGCCUACAGUCAUUGCUGAAGUCAAGGAUGAAUCCUGCUGCAUGCAAGAAGAGAUCUUUGGUCCUCUGACGUGUGUGGUCCUGUUUGAUACGGAAGAAGAAGUGAUUAAAAGAGCCAAUGGUGUCAAGUAUGGCCUGGCGGCCACGAUAUGGUCAAGCAAUGUGGGGCGAGUUCAUCGUGUGGCAAAGAGACUGCAAGCUGGCCUGGUGUGGACCAAUUGCUGGCUAGUCAGGGAACUGAACUUGCCAUUUGGUGGGAUGAAAGCCUCAGGGAUAGGCAGGGAGGGAGCAAAGGCGUCUUAUGAGUUUUUCACUGAGGUAAAAACCAUUACAAUAAAACACUGAAAUUUGCCC